CGAUGGUCGCCGCUCGUCGCAGUAGUACACCAGCGGACUGUUGACGACUGACAGUUUACACUCAUCUGCAUCAACCAGCAUCAUCGUGAAGUGGAAUUUCAUCCCUGACGGAGCAUAACGACCGACUAACGAAUCAAGGAUAACAAGAGGACCGGCGCUUUCAGAUAAAAAUGAGUGACACAAAGACGGUGUACGAUUUUGAAGUACGUGACAUCAAUGGGGAGUUCGUGUCUAUGGAAAAGUACAAGGGCCAUGUCUUGCUAGUUGUGAAUGUUGCUUCCUUGUGUGGUUUGACAGCUACUAAUUACAAAGAGCUAGUCGAACUGGAUGACAAUUACAGAGAUAAGGGUUUAAAAAUCCUUGCAUUCCCCUGCAAUCAAUUUUCCGACCAAGAGCCUGGAUCUUCAGAGGAGAUCAUGUGUUUCGCAAAAUCAAAGAAUGCUACCUUUGAUUUCUUUGAAAAAAUGGAUGUCAAUGGAAAGAAUGUAUCACCACUGUGGGAAUACUUAAAAUCGAAGAAAGGAGGGUUUAUUACCAACUCGAUAAAAUGGAACUUUACAAAGUUUAUUGUUAACCACAAAGGAAUUCCUGUGGAAAGGCAUGGACCCAUGACUGCACCAUCAAAACUGAAGUCAUCCAUUGAAAAAUAUAUACGUGAAAAGGAAGCGGCUGGAGUGUAGCG